AUGAGCGUCUCGCCCUUCCCGCCGAGCCAGUCGGCCAUCGAUCCGCAAUCACCUCCUCCGCGCGCGAGGCAGCCAUCCGCACACCACACGCCCACACAAAGCGGAGACGAGCCCUUCUCCUCCGCAGCUGCAUACAGGAAUCCCAUGUCGCCCGUGGCUUCGCCGCCCCCGCAGGUCACCUACGAGCGAGCCUCGGCUAUCCACAGCCCUCCGCCGGCGUCCAACUUGGUGAUCCAUGAUCCACAUGCAUCCGCUACGCCCUCGCCAGCGCCCAACGGUUCUGCCGCAGUAUCACCUGCUUUCCAGCGAGCAGGCGGCGACGGUCGUUCGGCCAAGUACUCGGCUGCGACCUCGAGCAAGCGCGAUGGCACGGCCUCCAUCUCCAAGUCGGCGCGUAGCAGUGCAACCUCGUGGCUGUACGGCGGCCCGGAUUCGUUCAUCCGCGUGCCUUCGCGCAUGGCUGCACUUUACAUCCUCGUCACCACCAUCGAGGCCAUCAUCGUCAUCACGCUCGUCGGCUACAUCUUUGGCAAGAUCGUGGCCGAGGUGGACAACUUUACGCAGAACCUCAAGACGGUCUCGGUGUACCUGGCCGUCUUCGUGUUUGGCUGCGUGUUCCAGGUGCUCAUCGCCUGGGAUGCGGUGCGUCUCAAGAACACGCUCCAGCUCAUCGGCGUGCUCAUCUUCAACAUUGCGCUCACCAUCACCGCCGCCAUCGAGAUUCGUCAGGUGCGCGACGCGCUCAACGCCCAGGACCAGAUCGCCGGCGGCUAUCCAUGCCCGGACGACCCCAAUCGUCUCUGCCGUGCACGCUCGCUCUUCCCGCAGGUGGAGACCUACCUGAUUGUCGUGACGGCCACGUGCUUCGUCGCCGAAUUCUUCAUGAUCUACCUCAGCUACAAGCUUUGGCGCGAGUUCGGCUGGAUCAUAUACCAGAAGAUCGGCGCGGACCUCAAGGUGCGCAACAUGUUCUUCUGGUACCAGCUCUUCAUCGUCUUUAUCAAGUUCACCUUCUUCUUUGGCGUCGGCUUCACCGUCAUCUAUCUCAUCCUGGUGGCCGAUACGACGGACUGGGAGUACGGCGUGACGAUCGCUGCGGUGCCCAUUGCCAUGGUUGCGCUCUUCGUCGCCGGAUUCUCGGUGCGACGAGAGUGGUCGAGUCUCAUGGUGGUCUCGCUGCUGCUCAUGAUCGUCGGACUCGUCUACUUUGUCUACAAGCUCACGCAGGUCUGGGUGCCUGCUACGCGCGACGAGUAUACCUACGUUCAUACCACCAUCACCUUCAUCUCUGGAUUCGCCAUCCUUACGCUCGGUCUCACGCUGAUCAACGGAUUCAUCUGCCUGCUCAAUUUCCACAAGGGGCUCAAGCCGGCGCACGAUGCGAUCGGUACCUUUGGCGGCGUCCACCGCCCGCGCGCGCGCAACGAGAACGAGGGCGGCGACGUGCUGGACAUUGAGCGCGAUGUCGAGCCCAAGGAGCACUCGAACGGCUCUACGCCUGCUCCUAUGCACCGCGCCAGUGUGGUCUCGGGCGGCGUUGUGGAUCCGCGCCGGGCUAGCGGGAUGGUGCACAGCCCUGUCUACAGCAACGGCGCCCACGAAACACCAUUCUUCUCUCCGGCUAUGAAUGCGUACACUGCUCCGCCCACCGCAGCUACGCUCGGCAAUGCACCCGUCCUAGCACCCCAACCUGUACAAGCUGCAGUUUAUGACCCUGGCUUUGCUCCAGCUCCAGCGAUGCACGCCCAACCUGCGCCCACAUCGCAGCAAUUCCUCGACGCCCACGCCCCACGUCCCUCGGCAACACGCAUCUCGCUCGAUUGA